AUGUGUGUCGGGCGCGAACUCAUUUCAGGAUGUGCCUGUUGCCAGAAAAAGUCCCACAAGAAGCACAAGCGUCACAAGAAGGAGAAGGACAAGGGCCCCGAAUAUAGCGGAGGAGCAGAGAAGGCCGUCCAGAAUCCAAUAUCGGCAGAUGACUACUUCCUGAAGCACUCUGAGUUCGCCACAUGGCUCCAGGAGAAGAAGGGUCUGUACUUCAAUGAGCUCUCUGGAGACGAAUGUCGUGCAAAAUUUGAGGACUUCGUGCUCCGAUGGAAUGCCGGCAAGCUGGCAGACAAGUACUACUUAGGGCUAGGGGCAGCCCCCAUGAAAAGAACACAGCAUAAAUGGAAUUUUCAAGGCUCAAAGGCAACGGGCCAUGAAGCUGGCAGGACAGUGGCUGCUCCUGCAACGGGAGAUCAGAAGGGCAGGAGGGAUGCAGAUAGAACCACUGAGCGCAUUGAGAAGCGGAAAUGGCGCAAGGAGCAAGCUGAGCUUCUGGAUGAGCUAUUGCCGAAAGCAUCAGGCCACCAAGCUCAGAUCGAGAAGAAGAUCGCCAGGAAGGAAGCCAGGAGGGCAUCAAGUCCAGAUGCACUGGUGGCGAUGGGGGACAGGGAUAUUCUAGGUGGCACAGACAGCUUCGAAGCGGCAAAGAGAAGGCAGGAAGCAUGGCGCGAGCGCAAGCAACAACGCACUCUCGCACGGCGGGAGGAAGCGUCCAGGAAGCUCGCAAGCUACCAAGCAGCGGAGGACCAAAAAAUGGAUCAAUUUCGUGCGCUGAUUGAAGCCUCUGGAGGUGCCAUCAAAAUACCCAAGCGUGGGGACGCAUAG